GAUGAAAUUCUGAAAGCAGCUGUGAUGAAAUAUGGCAAAAACCAGUGGUCUCGUAUUGCUUCUUUAUUGCACAGAAAAUCAGCAAAGCAGUGCAAAGCCAGAUGGUAUGAGUGGCUGGACCCAAGCAUCAAAAAGACAGAGUGGUCACGGGAAGAGGAGGAGAAGCUGUUGCACCUGGCCAAGCUAAUGCCAACUCAGUGGAGAACCAUUGCCCCGAUUAUCGGAAGAACUGCUGCACAGUGUUUGGAACACUAUGAAUUUCUGCUGGACAAAGCUGCUCAGAGAGACAAUGAGGAAGAAACUGCUGAUGAUCCUCGGAAACUUAAACCUGGAGAAAUCGAUCCAAAUCCAGAAACCAAACCAGCCAGGCCAGAUCCUAUUGACAUGGAUGAAGAUGAACUUGAAAUGCUGUCUGAAGCUAGAGCGCGUCUGGCUAAUACACAGGGAAAGAAGGCCAAAAGAAAAGCAAGAGAGAAGCAGCUGGAAGAAGCUAGACGGCUUGCUGCUCUCCAGAAAAGACGAGAACUUCGGGCUGCUGGAAUUGAGAUCCAGAAGAAGCGAAAAAAGAAGAGAGGUGUGGAUUAUAAUGCAGAAAUUCCAUUUGAAAAGAAGCCCGCUCCUGGUUUUUAUGAUACAUCAGAGGAAAACUACCAGUCCCUGGAUGCAGAUUUUAGGAAGCUACGUCAGCAAGACCUGGAUGGAGAAUUGAGAUCUGAGAGGGAGGGAAGAGAGCGCAAAAAAGACAAACAACAUAUGAAACGGAAAAAAGAGUCAGACUUGCCUUCAGCUAUUCUGCAAACCAGUGGAGUGUCAGAAUUUACCAAAAAAAGAAGUAAACUAGUGCUUCCAGCUCCUCAGAUAUCUGAUACAGAACUUGAAGAAGUUGUGAAAGUGGGCCAGGCGAGCGAGAUUGCACGCCAGACCGCUGAGGAAUCUGGAAUUACAAACUCGGCUUCCAGCACUCUUCUGUCAGAAUAUAACGUGACCAACAACAGCAUCGCACUAAGGACUCCCAAAACCCCAGCAGCACAAGACAGGAUCUUGCAGGAAGCCCAAAAUUUGAUGGCUCUCACAAAUGUGGACACCCCCCUGAAAGGAGGGCUUAACACUCCCUUGCAUGAAAGUGACUUUUCGGGGGUGACACCGCAGAAGCAAGUUGUUCAGACUCCAAACACUGUGCUUUCCACACCCUUCAGAACACCCUCUCAUGGACCAGAAGGCUUAACUCCUCGCGGAGGAUUAACUCCUAAACCCGUGGUUGGUACAACUCCUGGUAGAACUCCACUACGUGACAAAUUGAACAUCAACCCAGAAGAGGGAAUGGCAGAUUACAGUGAUCCAUCGUACGCCAAACAAAUGGAGAGAGAGUCUCGUGAACACCUGCGCCUUGGACUCAUGGCCCUUCCUGCUCCGAAGAACGACUUUGAGAUUGUUUUACCUGAAAAUGCCGAAAAAGAGCUGGAGGAACAUGAAGUAGAUGAAACCUUUGUAGAAGAUACUGCCGAUAUAGAUGCCCGCAAGCAGGCUCUUCGAGAGGCAGAACGUGCAAAGGAGCUGAAGAGAAUGCACAAAGCUGUUCAGAAGAAUCUACCACGGCCCUCAGAAGUUAAUGAAACGAUACUGAGACCCUUAAAUGUGGAACCACCUCUGACAGACCUGCAGAAGAGCGAAGAGCUGAUUAAGAAAGAGAUGAUAACCAUGCUGCAUUUCGAUCUUCUGCACCACCCAUUUGGAGAACAGCCUAGUGGUAAGAAGGGAAAAGGCCCGGGAUUUGGAAGCAACAAUGCGGAACAUAUGGCUUACUUGGAGCAAAAUCCGUAUGAGAAGUUCUCUAAAGAGGAUCUCAAGAAGGCGCAGGAUCUCCUGGCACAAGAAAUGGAAGUGGUAAAGCAAGGAAUGGGGCAUGGAGAGCUCUCAAGUGAAGCUUAUAACCAGGUGUGGGAAGAAUGUUACAGCCAAGUGUUGUACCUGCCUGGACAGAGCCGCUACACAAGAGCUAACUUGGCCAGCAAAAAAGACAGGAUAGAGUCACUUGAAAAGAGGCUUGAG